AUGGGGGCUAGCACCGACCAUGCUCCUGCAAUGUUGAUGGACGUACCUGCAGAAUACCGCAGAACAGCGAACCCUGUGAUGUUGAAGAUGUUCUUCGUAGAGGACACCGAUAACGUUACUGAGCAGUGCCCUCAUGACAGUGAGCGCGUGGAGUCCGUGGCGAACAGCACCGCGCCGUUCAAGAAAGAGAACACCACGAUCGCAGUUUCAGCGCAAAGCCCAGACACGUUCUUGGGCAUGGAGUUCGAUCUCGUCAGCGAGGCACCUGUGGGUCACACCCUGGCCUUCGAGAUCCCUUCCGGGACGGAGAUCGUCUGGGUGAGCCGUGAAGAGAUGGUCGAUGUGCUCAAAACGCAGGAGAUGCCGGCUUCCCUCGAAAGGCGCUUAGAGGCGCAGUCACGCAAAGCUUCUUUGGCCAAGGGGAUGGAUGUCGCGCUCACGCAGAAAUCAGAUAGGCGGUGCAGGCGGCGCAGGGCUCCGUCGUGCACAGGUGAAGAGAUUAUGGCAGGAGGUGCCGCCGCCAUGGUCGUCGGCUUCUUGGUCUGCGCGUUUACUUUCAUAGGCUGCUUCACGGCGUGGCCGUUCUUGGUUACUAUGGGGGGUAUAGUCGUGAGAAACGGUGCUUGCUCAUGCUGGGCUAACGAUAAUUCUGGGCGGGCUUCCUGUGCGUUCCGGCGAGGGCGGCGAGGGUUGCGAGUGUGCUGUAGCGGUCUCCAAUUUCUGCUCCAAUUGCAGUUGGCAGGCUGGCUGGCGACCAUGUGGUGCAUGGACGCCUCCCUGGCCAAGCCAGGAGGGUGUCCACACCGCUCCUCGGCACAGGAUGGGCCUGGCAGGGCCCAUCGCCCUGUGCAGGGCGGCGGGGCCUGUACCUAG